AGCAGCAACAGAAUUAACAGUUAUACGCUCAUCAUGGCGCUGACUGCAUUGAUGCUGCCAUUGGCACACGCUCGGCAUCUGCACGAUCAGCUCGCGCUCGGCUUUGAGUACGAUGAUGCGAACAGUGGCAGUGCCAGCUCCAGUGGCAGUUCCAGCUCUAGUUCCGACUCACAAUUCGUGUGGCACGCGAAUCCGUUUUACGGACUUUCGCAAAGCUUCGGCGAUGCCGGCUACGACAGCGACACCAGCAGCAGCAGUAGCAGCAGGAGCAGCAGCAGCAGCAGCAGCGCCAGCAACACCAGCAACGGCAACUAUGCAGAAAGUGAGAUGAGCUUCGAGGAGAUCACCCAAGCAGCGGUGCGUGCAGCAAUGCGGGAGCUGCAACGUCAGCAAAUCAGGCAUCGACGAAGUCACGAUCUGAAAUACUUCUUGCCGACCGCAUCUAAGACGCCAGAAUGGGAAAAUCCUUGCUUCGGCGGCUAUGAUCCCAAAAAGCCCGAGAUAAUCCUGUCCCAACAACAAAAGCUCGCUGCUUUGCGCAAACUGAGGCUGAACACGUGCCAAGAGUACACAUAUAUUAAGGACAAUCUCAAUUUUGAAACCGACACAAGCCAACCUUUUGCGGGCGCUUACAGUUUCCUGCCAAACAUGACGGAGCCCACAAGAAAGCGAAAACUGAAGACGUGGCACCGCAAUAUGCAGUUAUUCAUUGGCAGCUUUGCGUAUUUGGGCAAGACCCAUUACAAGUACAGAUAUGAAAAUCAACUGCCGUUGGACAACACCACAACUGAGCUCCACGAGUUGCUGCUUAGUGCGCGUCGUGUGCUCUGCGAGAUCGAGACGGUCUUCAAUGCAACACAUCCGAAAAGCAAUGGCAGCAAGCUCAAAGUGCUCAGCAAGGGAGCCAUGCACGAUAAGCUCGAUGAGUUAUUUACGAAGAGUGACAGCAAGGAGGUGGCUCUGGGCGAUCUCAAGUUUACCAAGCAGCUAUACUAUAAGUUUCUGGUCCACCUGAGCGAUUCACUGAAAAUCUCAAAUAAAUAUCUGGAUAAGAAGAUAAAAAAGGAGCGAUCAAGGCAGCAAUCAACCGGCUCCAAUUCCGGCAUGGAGAGCUCUGAAAGUUCAGGUUCAGCAGAGCAGCAAAAUGUGCCUGCUAGAACGGUGCCCAAUAUUAAGCGGAGAGGUCGAUGAGCUAUCAGCGAUGAGGGAUUGUCGCUUACCCAGUAUUAGCGCCGAGGGCUGUUUUCACAGUUCCUCGCUGCAGUUGCAGUUGCAGCUGUAGCUAGGCGCCAAGCCAAAAAUAG